GGAACAUGCUUCGUCCUGCAUGCAUUGGUCACAUGUGCACACCCAUCCCUAAAUGGAACCUAAUAUAUAGUGGGUGAUAGGAAACCCAGCAUAUAGUGGAGGGAUCACUCACACGAGGAUACUUCAAGGACCUCUCAUUCAUUAUGGCAUUACCACUAAUGCUGGUGUUUUUAACUGCUCUCCAUGGGGUCCUCUGCUACCCUUCUUCAUUCAUUGACCUGGAAGCUAAAGGAAGUAACAAGUCAUCUAUCAGGUUCCUGGUUUUUGGGGACUGGGGUGGUCUGCCAUAUCCUCCUUAUAUUACCCCUAUAGAGACGGCCACUGCACACAUGAUGGCCAAAACUGCUUCUCAGAUGGGUGCAGACUUCAUUUUAGCACUUGGUGACAACUUCUACUAUAAGGGUGUCAGCGAUGUCAAUGACCCUAGAUUCCAGGUCACGUUUGAAGACGUCUACACUCAGGAUUCUCUUAAUAUUCCAUGGUACAUCAUUGCUGGCAAUCACGACCAUGCGGGAAACGUCCUUGCUCAAAUCAAGUACAGCCAGAAGUCAAAGAGAUGGAACUUCCCCUACUACUAUUAUGAGAUGAACUUCCGCAUUCCUCGAACGGACAGCACACUGACCAUCAUCAUGCUGGAUACUGUGUUGCUGUGUGGAAACUCUGAUGACUUCCUUGACCAGCAGCCCCGAGGUCCCCGAAGUAGCGUUCAGGCCAACAGACAGCUGCAGUGGCUUCAGGAACGUUUGGCAAAGUCUAAGGCUGAUUAUCUCCUGGUGGCUGGCCAUUAUCCGGUAUGGUCCAUAUCCGAGCAUGGGCCAACCGACUGUCUGCUGAAGAACUUGAGACCACUGCUUAAGAAGUACAAGGCUACUGCUUACCUUUGUGGCCAUGAUCACAAUCUACAAUACAUCAAGGAGUCUGGUAUUGGUUAUGUGGUUAGUGGAGCUGGUAACUUUAUGGAUCCCGAUGUGCGACACCGAAACCAGGUUCCUCGAGGCUACCUCAAGUUCUUCAAUGGUGACGCUGGCACAUUGGGGGGCUUUGCCCAUGUGGAGGUUAACAAGAAAGAGAUGACCGUUACUUUUAUCCAGGCUAGAGGAACCUCCCUUUACAGGGCUGUUCUUAAAAAGCGUGAUGAUCUUUCCGGAGUGGGUGGCAAUGUUUGAUGUUCUUAUCCAGUUUGAGUCUUUUAGCGUUAUGCUAUAAAUUAGAUGUACUCAAGAUUAAAUGCACACUUUGAAUCUUAAGUUUUUAUAGAUUAGACUUUUAAAUGGUUUAAUCAAAAAAUUUUCUGUAUGUCUUGAACCUGUAAGUGUUUUAAAGUGAUUGAUUAUUAAAUAACUAAACUAC